AUGUGUAAAGCUAUCGGCUCAGACGCCGGCGACGCAUCCUCUUUUGCUGGUGACGCAUCCUCUGGUGCUGGCGACGCAUCCUCUUUUGCUGGUGACACGUCCUCUGGUGCUGGCAACGCAUCCUCUGGUGCUGGUGACGCAUCCUCUGGUGCUGGCAACGCAUCCUCUGGUGCUGGCGACACAUCCUCUAGUGCUGGCAACGUAUCCUCUGGUGCUGGUGACGCAUCCUCUGGUGCUGGCAACGCAUCCUCUGGUGCUGGUGACGCGUCCUCUGGUGCUGGCGACGCGUCCUCUGGUGCUGGCGACACAUCCUCUGGUGCUGGCAACACAUCCUCUGGUGCUGGCAACGCAUCCUCUGGUGGUGGCAACGCAUCCUCUGAUGCUGGCAACGCAUCCUCUGGUGCUGGCAACACAUCCUCUGGUGCUGGCAACGCAUCCUCUGGUGCUGGUGACGCAUCCUUUGACUUUGGCAACGCCUCUGCUGGCUCCGGCAACGGAGGCACCGACAUUUGCUCUGCGAUCUUUUCGACUUUAAUUCCCAAGUUUGGCAAUGGCGAGCACUUGUCUUUCUCAGGCGUGCCCUGUGAUUCAACUUACCUGAACCCUGGGGACCAUCUGGAGUGA